GACUUUUGGAGCAAACAGCUGUUGCUGUAAACGUGACACCUAUUUCUUUAUCCCACUGUUCGCACGAGUUUCCACUUAGAUCAUUCCUUCCUCAAGCUACCAUUCUAUGUCAAAGGAGGGAAAUACCAUUACGCCAGCUUUCUCCCCUCGAUAAUCACUCCCUGUGCUUCGAUUCCUACAUCUGAACGAGCUUAGUUAACCUCAUACCCUGCUACUCCACCUGUACAUUACCCUAGGGAGCCCAUAGAAUGACGAGCAGAAUUCUAUCUCAAAUAUUCAACCAGAACUCUGCAAGUAUAUACGAGACCCUUCGCCAGCAUGACGCAACUGAUAACUCGGACGACGACGAUGACCUCGAGGAGCGAGCCGGUAUGCUGGCCCUAGAUAAUGGCUCGCACUUACCCCCACUGGACAUCCAAGACGGCCUGGAAGACAGCAACUUUGAAUUACAGCAACAACCCCCCGCUCCCUCAGAGUCUUCAUUCAUGGCUUCAGAGAACAACCGGCGAUCUUACUUUUCCUCGAUGAGCAGAUCUAAAAAGAAUAUCUACGCUCCGCCACGGUAUAGAGACGAAGAGGAGGGUGAUGAUGAAGUUCCUGCAUCUCUGUUGUUGGAGACGGGGGCAGGGCCUAGUAAGAGGAGGGGCUCAACUGGCGGAAGGAGUGGAGGCGUAGUACCUGCACCGCGAGCCACGAGGAAUGUGCUUUUACCGAAUACCUGGAUCGCUACUGGGCUGGAAGGGCAUCAAGCUAGGGAAGAGCGAAGAGCCGACCGGAGACAGCAGAGUGAAGGGAAGGAUUUCCGACGGCAGGCUAGGUUGGGGUUGAUUGAUCCGAAGGAGCGUGCUCUGUGGAAGUGGGCAAAUGUUGAGAACUUGGACAACUUCCUCAAUGAUGUUUACGACUAUUUCCUAGGGAAGGGAAUUUGGAGUAUUGCCCUGCACCGGUCACUAAAUCAACUGACGCUUGCUUUUGUUGUUGGGUUUACUACAUUUAUGAGCCGUUGUGUCGAUUAUACGCUGGUACCUGAGCGCAAGAAGCUCUCAGAAGUGAUCAUCCCGCACUGCAUGAGCCGGAUGUCCGGGGUUACGACACUAUUCAUGUGGGCAAUUUCCUUCUAUUGGGUUAUUAAGACAAUUCACUACAUUUUGGAUACUCGACGUCUGUGGGAUAUUCGGAACUUUUAUAAAUAUCUCCUCGAGAUACCAGAUAGCGAUAUGCAGACAGUGACAUGGCAGGAAGUGGUUGCCAAAUUAAUGGCUUUGCGGGAUUCAAAUCCGACGACAUCAGGUGCUCUUCGACGCCGGCAUUUUAGUAGCCAAUCGAAGCAACGAAUGGACGCCCAUGAUAUUGCUAACCGGCUCAUGAGGAAAGAAAAUUACCUCAUUGCACUUUUCAAUAAGGAGAUAUUGGACCUCACUAUCCCUUUCCCGUUCUUGAGGAGUCGAGGAACAAUGCUGACCAAAACCCUGGAAUGGAAUCUUAGCCUGUGUAUUCUCGAUUACGUCUUUAAUGACCAGGGACAGCUGAGAACUUUGUUCCUCAAAGAGAGUCACAGGAAGAUUCUUAGUGAUGGACUGAAACAACGAUUCCUUUUUGCCGGCGUUAUGAAUAUCAUUUUUGCUCCCUUCAUCCUGACAUAUCUCCUGCUCCUAUUUCUUCUCCGCAAUGUCAACGAUUUCAUCAAAACACCUGCCAGAAUUGGGCACAGGCAAUACACACCACUCGCGGAGUGGAAGUUUCGGGAAUUCAAUGAGCUGUAUCAUAUCUUCCACAUGAGGCUGAAUAUGAGCUAUCCUGCUGCAGAAGCAUAUGUGGAGCAGUUUCCCAAGGAAAAGACGGCACAAGUUGCAAGAUUCGUUUCGUUUGUUGCUGGAUCGCUAUUGGGUGUUCUUGCCAUCGCCUCGAUAUUUGACGGCGAUUUAAUACAAGGAUUUGAGAUUGUUCAGGGGAUGAAUGGACUCACAGCGAUUGCUACCCUCACCACCAUUGUAGCCGUUAGUAGAGGAAUGCUCCCAGAGGAAAAUACAGUCUAUGACCCGGAAUGGUCCAUUAGGAAUGUCAUACAGCAUAUACAUUAUAUGCCCGACCACUGGAAAGACAAGCUACGUACCGACGAUAUCAAGAAAGAGUUUAUGUCUCUGUACGACCUCAAGGUGACGAUAUUCCUUGGGGAAGUCAUGAGUGUCAUAUUCACACCGUUUGUUCUUUGGGUCUCACUUUCGAACCGUUCAGAAAGGAUUAUCGAUUUCUUCCGGGAGUUUACUGUUCACGUUGACGGCAUUGGAUAUGUCUGCAGUUUUGCAGUAUUUGAUUUCCAAAAACCCGGUCGCCAAAGUAUGGCUGACAUACGUGAGGAGUAUUUCUCAUCCAAGGACAACAAAAUGCUCUCCUCAUAUCUUGGUUUCAUGGAUCAGUACCACGGCCCGCAGAACAAAGGAGGGGCAAACAAACGCCAGAUGUCAAUGCGUAAUUAUAUGUCCCCCAUGCUAAACGCCCAGACUGGCAAAGGAAAGGAUGGCCGCGGUGCCCAAGACCGCCGUGCAGGUGAUGGACGCCAGGAUAUGCAACAAUCAAUCCACCGAGACAACCCUGGAAGAAUGCAGGGCUCUCAGAUACUCCAAUCCUCCCUCUUAGACCAACACCACCAGCCACCACCUUUUGUAGCGAGAGCCCCGAGGCACCCUGCAUUCCACCUAUCCACAGCAGAAUCGCUCAGAGAAGAGGAGGAGGACGCUAUAGCGUCGGCCGACAAGCCAAGGGAACACUACCGCAGCAACCUCGGCGAGUCCUUCAUGUCCACUCGCGUAACGGGCACUAUGAUGGCCGCGCAGGCGGAGGAUGAUGAGGAGGAUCAGCAGGCGGGGCCACAUAAUGCUGGUGUACUAGACUUGUUGAAUCAGUUUGUUGGCGUGGAGGGGGCGGGGAGGACUGGGGUAAUUUAAUUUUAAUUCAUCCCUUUUUUAUAGCUUCUUCUCUACUUGUUUGGGGCCUUUGCUCUUUGCUUUCCCCCUAAAUCGUGUUUUUGCGAUUGGGACUUCUCCCCCUCCUUUGCUGCAGUGGCUGUGUGUAUGUGUGUGUGACUAUCAUUGGUAUUUCUAGCAUUGGGCGUUUUGUGUUUUCUUUGUUUUCCUCUUCUCUCCUUCCGUUUCGUUAGUGAUAACAUGGCAAUUAUGACUGUACUGGUAGCGACUGGUGAGCGACGAAUGGUGAAACGUGUGUAUAUUGCUGCGCUCUAUUUCCCUUUAUCCUUAUUUUUUUACUAAAUCUGGUUCCGGGAUAGUUAGUUAUUAUUGCUAGG